GCCGCAGUUAACGUCGAGGAGGACAACGCAGGGCUAAUAUUGACCGAUGGGGUCGGCUUAUCUUAUCAGGGCCCGCAGCGAUGACUAACACGGCACCAUACAUACCACUACUUACAGCUAAAUAUCCCGUCGGCUCUCCUGCGCCAUCUUUCCCUGCUCCCUCCACCUUGCCAGCCCUCGCCGCCGCCAUGAGCCUCGAAAAGCAGCCCAACGCCGUCGACCUCUCGCGCCAUUUGUCUGACAUGGCCAAGGCGCGGCAGACGUCGCCUUUGAAGGGCCUGGCAAAGUACAUGGGGCGCCCGAACAUGAUUGCGCUGGCUGGAGGCAUGCCAAACCCGGGAUACUUCCCUUUCUCUACCAUCUCCGCGGACGUACUUGUCCCAGACUCUUUCCCCGUUUCCUCCUCCUCCCAGUCCUCGUCCUUGUCCUGGCUCUGGAAGAUAUUCGGCGCCGGCUCCAAGGAGAAGACCACGUCCGUCAGCAUCCCCAAGUAUGUCAAGAAUCCGCGCGACGACGUCAACCUCGCUACCGCCCUACAAUACGGUACUGCCACCGGCUUGGUCCCGCUCCAGAAGUUCCUGCAUGAAUUUGUCUCCAAGGUGUACCAGCCUGCAUACGCCGAUUUUGAGACGCUUGUUCAGACCGGAAACACGGACGGCUGGAACCGCGCUGCUCUGACACUCUGCAACCCCGGGGAAGUCUUCCUCACCGAGGAAUGGACCUAUCCGUCCGCGUUGUCUUCCGUAGCGCCUCUUGGGAUAACCGCUCACCCCGUCCCAAUGGACAAGGAAGGCAUGCGAAGUGACUCCCUGCGUCAGAUCCUCGAAGAGUGGGAUGAAGCCGCUACAGGGAAGAAGAGGCCUCAUGUCAUGUACACCGUACCCGUGGGCCAGAACCCGAGCGGCGCGACGAUGGGGUACCGACGGAAGAAGGAGAUCUACGACAUUUGCGUCGAGUUCGAUAUCAUAAUUGUCGAGGACGAUCCCUACUACUUCCUUCAGGAAGGAGUGUACCAGCCAAAAUCAGCCCGUACCAGGAAGGACUCGCCUGACGACGAUAUCUCGCACUACAUCGCGGGUCUAGUCCCUAGCUACCUGAAGCUUGACUAUCAAGGCCGUGUCAUUCGCCUCGAUACGUUCUCAAAGACCAUUGCUCCCGGCAGCCGUCUCGGUUGGUUCACGUGCAACGCCGUAUUCGCUGAGCGGUUGGAACGAGCCGGCGAAGUGUCUACCCAGGCACCUUGCGGCUUCGGCCAGUCCCUCAUCACGAGCCUCCUUCUUAACUGGGGUUUCGAAGGCUACGUCCGCUGGCUGCGCGGCCUCGGCGCGCAGUACACUGCCCGGCGGGACUUUUUCAUCGACGCCUUCGCCGAGGAAUUCGACCUCGACCUGUCGACGGGCCAGAGCGGCGCGUGGCGCGGGUGCGACGUGUACCUCGCGACGGAGAAGGUCAAGCCGACGGGCGAGAUGUCGGAGAAGUUCGCGCUCACGGCGCGCAGGCCGCUGUUCAGCUUCGUGCCGCCGACGUCGGGGAUGUUCGUCUGGUUGAAAGUGCACUUUGAGAACCACCCGAAGUUCAGGAAGGGCGACGACAGCAACGAGAUGAAGCUCUGGAUCGCGCUCGCGGAGUCGGGCCUGCUCAUCGCGCCCGGCUGGUUCUUCGCCGCCGACCAGGAGGACUCGCCGGACGGGCCCGACGACGGCCACUACCGCAUCGCUUUUAGUUUUAACGAUUUCGACGACAUGAAAAAGGCGGUACAGAUUUUUGGCCGGGUUGUCAGGGAGCACUUCAAGGACAACUGAUGGUAGAUGGUUUAUUGGGUGAUAUGUAUCAUAGGUAUUAGACGCGCUGUAUUCGAG